CCAACCUGAGUCGGCCAUGUGGGAAUCCAUUGCCCUUAACCACCAUGCCACCUGCUGGCCCCAAGCACCAUUCUUGCUCAAAGCCUCUGGCACAGGCUGGGGGAUGGGCAUGUGGCCCCCUCCUUAAAUUAAGUGACGAGAGUAGCAGAGGAUCCCCUGGCCAGUUGUCUCUGUUGAUACCUGAGAAUGUGGGCUGGCUGCCUACCUUCCACAAACUCGGGCGCUGUCCCCAUGCCAGACUGUGUCCUAGGCAUGGGCAGAGUGACAGCCAGGCAGGGGUGCCCUCAGGGUGGUAUGAGGGUGAAGAGCAAUGAGGCUAUUGCCCUCUGCUCAGAUUAGGGCUGCUGUGGGCAAAGCCAGGGCUGUGGGGGCUGUCUGAGUUUGGACUGCUGUCACAAAAAUACCGCAGACUGGGUGGCUUCAACAACAGACAUUUCUCACAUUUCUGGAGAUUAGAAAGGCCAAGUGGAUCUCGGUGAGGUCCUUUGUGGCUGGGAGAUGCACACCUUCUCCCUGUGUCCUCACGUGGUGGAAAGAGAUCAUGUCUUGUCUGCUCUUACAAAGAGAAUUCGUGCCCUAAUUACCAUCCCAACGCCCCUCCUCCAAAUGCAUCGGGGACUUGGUCUAAACGUGAGUUUCUUGGUAGGACAUCAAUACGCCGUCCAUAGCAGGGACCCAGACAGGUCAAGGGAAGGAAUGGGGGGCUCCAGAGGCGCCAUUGGCACGGGCCAGGUGGUGAGCGGGGAUGGCCAUUAGGGAACAGCACAUGCAGCUGGAGUGUGGGGAAGGCGGUGGGGACUUGAUCCCGAGGGCCGACUUCCCUAAGGGGAGCUGCGGAGCGGUUCUAAGCUUGGACGUAGCAGGUGGAUGUGCAGAUUAAAGAGAUCAUCCGGGCUGUCAGGUGUAGAAUGGCUGGGAGGAGCGGGCAGGAGCGGAGGUAGGGAAUACGGGUAGCAGCAGUAGGGACAGAUGACAAGGGCAAUAAACUUUAAAUCAAUGAUGACCUACAUAAAAUGCUUAAAAUAAACGCAUCUUACAUAGACAGCUACAUUGCAUUUGUGUAGUUUUAGACACCCAUAUAAUUACCACCCAGAGCAACACAGAACAUUUCUAGUCCUUCCAGAAAAUUCCCUCAUGACUCUGUCUCCAGGGCUUACCCUUCCUUCCCACCCCCGAACCACUGCUCUGAUGUGGAUUAUCACCCGUUGGUUUUGCCUUUUCUCGAACUUCAUUUGCACGCCUUCUGUGUCUGGCUUCUUUCAGCUCAACGCGAUGCCUCAGAUUCAUCUGCGUUGUGUGUAGCCAAGGGCUCGAUUUUAUUUUUAUUUUUAUUUUCUUCCUUUUCUGCAGCUCAGAGUAACCAUUCACUGGAGCGUGCAUUACCGCCGUCCUGAAAACUUGAUUUCUAUUGAUUUCUGUAAACCUCUCAACCCUACGAGGUCCUAAGGCAAAUCCCCAGAGACAGAGAGGUUAAGGAACUGGCCCAAAGAUCACCCAGCCGAUUCAUAGCCACGCCAGGGUUCAAGCGCAGGCCAGUCUGGUCCUGCAGCCAAGAUUUCUAGCUGUGUCGUGUGCCGCACCUCGUGUGGGUUCGAUGGGUUCGUGUGAACUUCCAAGCCCGGGUGCCGGGGUGUAGUCGGAGGGAGAGGGAGGAAGGCGUUGAGGACGACUACAGGUUUCUGGCUUCAGUAACUGGGUGGGUGGCAGCUCUGUUACUAAGAUAGUGAACACAGGAAGAGGGACAGAUGGCAUGGGGGGUGGGGAAUGGAGACAAGGGGUUCGAUUUGGGGCCUGUGGAAUUUGGUUUCCAGGGGACAGCCAGGCGGAGAUACCAGGUGGGCAUUCGGUCCUGGGGGUGUCUCGGGGCUCAGGCGUUGGGGGCCACUGAGCACCCUGCCGACGCAUGGGGAGUGUGGGAAAGGACGGGGUCUCUUGUCAGGACGGGUAGGGACAGGAUGUGUGGGGGGUGUCGUCCACGUCUGGGUCCUGUAUGUCUGAGCGGCUGUGGUCUCCGCGUGUGCGCCUGUGUGCCUGGGCCUGGACUGGGAGGCCCCAUCUCCGGGGAGAGCCUGCAGGUCAGCUGGGAGCUGGCUUGUUUUUGUUUGUGGUUUGACCCUGGGGGUGGGGGUGGGGGGUGCCAAGCCUGAGAAACUACUCGCUGUGAAGCCCCCGGAAACACCUGCGAGUCCUCUUCCCCCAGGCCUUGGGUGGGGGGAGUUGGCCUGGGAGAGCCGUUUCUUGCAUCACACUCUCCUGCCUGUCGAGGGGAGGCUGUUCCUGGGGUGAACUUUAUCUGGCUGUCUGUCCCCAGACCCCGGAGUGCCCCUGCACCACCAUGACCGGGCUGCUGAAGAGGAAAUUUGACCAGCUGGAUGAGGACUCCUCCUCGUGCAGCUCCUCCUCCUGCUGCCACUCUCGCUCCUGCUCCUUGAGCUCAUCUGACUCCCCUGCCUGGGACUCAGAUGAGGACAGCCCCCGGAAUCAGACACCCCUGCCUGACCGUGACUGCUGUGGCCUCCGGAGUUUCACCCCCUUGUCCAUCCUGAAGCGGGCCCGCCGCGAGCGCCCGGGCCGCGUGGCCUUUCGUGGCAUCACUGUCUACUACUUCCCUCGGUGCCAGGGCUUCACCGGCGUGCCCAGCCGUGGAGGCUGUACUCUGGGCAUGGCCCCUCGUCACAGCGCCUACCGCCACUUCUCCUUGGCCGAGUUUACGCAGGAGAAAGAGCGGGCACGGCGCGAGAAGCUGCGCCAGCGUUUGAAGGAAGAGAAGCUGGAGCUGCUGCAGUGGAAGCUCUCGGCUGCCCCGGUCCCUGAGGCAGAAGCAGGCCCGCCGCUCACUGUGGACGCCAUCGAUGAUGCUUCCGUGGAGGAGGACUUGACCGUGGCCGUGGCAGGCGGCCGGUUGGAGGAAGUGAACUUCCUGCAGCCCUACCCAGCCCGGCAGCGGCGGGCUCUGCUGCGGGCUGCAGGCGUUCGAAGGAUCGAUCGCGAGGAGAAGCGGGAGCUGCAGGCGCUACGCCGGUCCCGGGAGGAUUGUGGCAGGGGCUGCGAUCGGGUCUGUGACCCUGAGACCUGCAGCUGCAGCCUGGCGGGCAUCAAGUGUCAGAUGGACCACACGGCCUUCCCCUGCGGCUGCUGCAAAGAGGGCUGUGAGAACCCCCAGGGCCGAGUGGAAUUCAACCAGGCCCGAGUUCAGACCCAUUUCAUCCACACACUCACCCGCCUGCAGCUGGAGCAGGGAGCUGAGAGCCUCGGGGAGCUGGAGAACCCUGCCCGGAGCAGCCCACUCGGCCCUGGCGAGCAGGCCCCGGCCUCCACUUUCCCACUGGCCAAGCCCCCCGUUAGCAGUGAGCUGGGUGACAGCAGCUGCAGCAGCAGCAUGACUGAGUCCUCCACAGCGUCUUCCUCCAUGUCGGGCACCAGCGAGGCCCUGGAUGGCCCCUCCCACCCGAGCCUGCCCGGCCCUGCCUUCCAGCCUGGCAUGGAUGAUGACGGCCUGGCACGGAUUCUGAGUUUCAGUGACUCCGAGCUCGGCGGGGAGGAGGAGGAGGAAGAGGAGGAGAGGGGUGUGGGGAACCUGGACAACCUCAGCUGCUUCCAUCUGGCUGACAUCUUUGGCACCGGUGACCCCGGCAGCCUGGCCAGCUGGACUCACAGCUAUUCUGGCACGAGCCUCGCAUCGGGCAUCCUGGAUGAAAACGCCAACCUGGAUGCCAGCUGCUUCCUGAAUGGUGGCCUUGAAGGGUCAAGAGAAGACAGCCUCCCUGGCUCCUCGGUACUGCCCAGUACGGACGCCGGCCAGAGUAGCUCGGUGGACCUCAGCUUGUCUUCCUGCGACUCCUUUGAGCUGCUUCAGGCUCUGCCAGAUUAUAGCCUGGGGCCUCACUACACCUCCCAGAGGGUGUCUGACAGCCUGGACCACCUCGAGGCACCCCACUUCCCCUUGCCCGGCCUCUCUCCGCCUGGGGAUGCCACCACUUGCUUCCUGGAGUCCCUCAUGGGCUUCUCUGAGCCCGCCACCGAGGCCCUGGCUCCUUUCGUUGACGGUCAGUUCGAGGACGCUGCCCUGAUGUCUCUGAUGGAGCCCGUGGCGGUGUGAGGCCCCAGGGGCCUUUCCCCAGCCCCGAGAGCCUUGUCGCUGCUUUUUCUGUAACUGGAGGCUCCCAGGGUCUCUAUGAAAUAGUCCCUGUUGGCUGGCUCCCCCCAGGUGCCCCGAGAACACUCCUGGUUUUCGUGCAACACUCUGGAUUUAUUUAUUUUUUUUUAAACUUUCCUGUGCCGGAGAGAGACUGGGCAAGGGGCUCCCCCUUUCCGCCGCCCGGCCCUCUCUGCCCACACAGCGCGCUCCACCUCCGCAUCGCGUCCUGGGAAGAGGAGAAAAUGAGCUCUCCCGGAGCUUUUCAGUCUUCGUGUGACGUCCCUCAGCCCGAAGACAGUGAGACAGGCCGAAGUCAGCCACCUCUGGCUUCUCCUGCCACCUGAGCCCCGUGCCCACGGGCGCUGGAUCCUCCGGACUGUGAAGACUAAUUUAUUUCCAUAAUUUAUUUGGAGGCUUUGGCUGCUCUCCUCUGGCUGGGGGGCAGUGCUGGGGCCAGGGGUAGUCCUUUUUGCCUUCUGGUCCUGCACUUUGCCCUGCCUGGGCUUUGGUGUAGACCUGUGGCCAGUGUAGACCAGGGAUGUGUUCAAGCCCCGCUGUUGGAUGACCAAGCAGGCAGGGGCUGGUCAGAGACAGUGACUGGGCAGAGGGAGGGGCUUGGUGACCAGCUGUGACCAAACUCCCUUCUGCCCCUGGCAGCCCCUCUGCUUCCUCCCCUCUGUCCCAUCGCCCCUCUCCCCACAGAGAGCCGGAGGUGCAAAGCCUGCCCCAGUCCAUGUUCUCAGGGCUCUGAGCAUCACACUCCAGCCUGGCACACCAGCCCGUGCCCUGAGGCGAGGGGUGGCCCCAAGGGCCCGUGCGCCCUUCGGUAUGUUUGCUGUUACUGAAUUUGGCGUCGUUAUUUCUGUGCUGUCUCUGAGUGGCAGAACUAUAAUUUAUUCAUUUUUCUCUGUCUGUGCCAAGAAACUCAGGCUCUGGGCCUGCCCCUUGCCCGGGAGGCCUUGCCAGCCUGCGUGCUUUUGGGAACACCUUGUACCUGAGCUCACAGGUACCAAUAAAGAAGCUCUAUUUUUAA